CUUUCACUCGGCGCCUUUCGAACGGAAACAGGAUUGUUAUUAGCCGAAAAGAAGCUAGCCUGUGCCGUGACAGCGAAGCUAGCUUUUCUGGUCUGUCCGCCUGCCUCCGCGGGCUUUUGAAAUGAAAUGGAGCCUUUUUGGACUAACGCAGUGCGCAGGCACGAGGACGAGAGGAGCGAAAGCGGCCGCCGAUUCCGAGACGCUCCGGGCGGCGACGCCCCGCCGGAGGAGUCGGGCGACGACGACGAGCUGGGCCGACUGGACGUGGAUCUGGACAGGAAGUCCAGGCGGCACAACUUGACGACCCGCAACGUUCGCGACAUCCUGCACGAGGUGAUUACGGACGAACGCGUGGUGGCCAUGAUGAAAGCCGCCAUCAGAGACACUCGGGACACGCCCAUGUUUGAGCCCAAGAUGACGCGCUCCAGAUGGAAGACGGCCGUCCGGGGGGGACAGUGCGCGGACUGGAGUUUGUCGGCGGAGCGAAGUUCGCAGCCUCCGCAGUUUGUGGACAUCCGUCUGGACGCCGAGGAAGAUUCGUCGGACGAAGAGUACCGCCCCCUAGAAGAGGAAGACGACGAUGACGACGACAACGACGACACGGCUGAAGAGUCUUUUCUGAGCGACGGUGACGUCAAUUGGUCUCCCAAAGUAGAAGAGUGUGGGAGUGGCUCCCAGGGCCGGACGGUCGCCGCCGCCGCCGCCGCCGCCCCCCCUGUCCCCACCUUCCUGGAACGCCUCAAUGCUGUGGAGGAGGAGCUCGACCGCGGCCUCGCCUACACCGCCUUCUCGUCUCUCGGGAUGGAGGAGGACAAGGAAGAGGAGGAAGGCUGCGGCGCACUAGCCUCGCGCACUCGUUCCAAACUGCCACUAGUGGACGUACCCCUGGAGCAACUGGAAGCGGAGCUGCCGGCCCCCGACGGCGCGGCCGACGAGGCCGAAGGGGAGCAAGACCCCCAUUGGACGCGUUGGCUUUACGGACUGGCGGCGACGCAGCACGAAGAAGAAGCGGACGAUGACGACGAUCCAGAGUACAACUUCUUGGAAGACCUGCACGAACCCGACCUAGAGGACUACAGGACAGACCGUGCUGUUCAGAUCACGAAGAAAGAAGUCAACGAGCUGCUAGAGGAGCUUUUCCUCACGCUACGGGAUCGAGAGGAAGGACCCGAAGAAGAAGAGGAGGAGGAAAGGGAGGCCGCUCCUCAGGCUCAGCGUACGGCGGAGCAGAGGCAAGUGGGCCGCGAAAGCUGCGCCGCUGCCCAAGAGCAGCGGCGCCAAGCCCUGCGGGACGCCACCAAUCGACCGGCGCCGAGCGUGUGCGUCGCGAGCGCUCGGCCGCGCCCCGUCUUGCGCCUGGACUCGGCCCAGAAAGCGCAACUCCGCCAGCAAAUGCAGCAGCACGUGCAGCUGCUGACCCAAGUUCAUAUGCUGACUCGCAACAUCUGCGCCCUGAAACACGAAGCGUCCGUCACCAAGCAAUAUCUGGUCAGUGGUGCCGUAAGGCCGUCGCCGCCGCCUCAGAGCGCGCGCGCCAUAGUAACCGGCGCACCCGCCGCGCAGGAGGAGCUGCGGCAUUUCGCCACGCGCCAAGAGCAAGUGUCGCGUCUCUCGUCUUUCCGGGCGCGCAACCUGCAGGAGGCGCUGGAACUACUGGAGGAGACGCAGCAUGCGACGGCGGCCGAGCUCCCUCCGCGCCCGCCACCCGCGUCCGGGCGCCUCCUACCCGCCAUGACUUCGGCCACCGCGGGCCACGCCUUCCCCGUCUUGCCGUCGGACGUCGCCUGGCUGCUGGCCACGCGACCCGUCUUCCUCUACCCUCAACUGCUUCCCGUUUGCAGCCUGGAUCCUUCCCGCCACGCGCGACACCAACGCGGGAUAUUUACCGCAGGGGAGGACGGCUUGAUUGUUUUAGGUCUGAAGCACUUUGAGGGUACCGUUCAACCCCAGCAUCUGAUCAGCUCCUACCUGCUGUGCAAGAGCGCCUUCCGCUUGGCCAAACACAUCCGCGAGAUGAGCGGCCCCAGGGCGCCGCCCAGAAACGUCCUCAAGAUGUUCCUGGCCCGGCGGUCGGCCGCCCCCCAGCCGUUGUCCUGCGCCCCGGCGGAACCUUGCGACCGGCGCCCCCCGGUGGAGAAAGACCCCUCCCUCAUGCCCGUUUGGCUCAAGAACAGCCGAGAGAUCUUCCGGAGAACGCGAGCGGACGCUCCGCGCUACCCCCGCUUCCUUCCCAGAGGUUGCCACCUGAAGCUUUACCCGUCUCGCCUCCAAAAGCCCUCCCACGGGCCCGGCCCUUCCCACAGACGCCUUUUCACCCUGGCCUACAACGCGUCCCUGCACCCCAUCUGCCCGGCGGGAGCUCAGACCGACUCGCUCCUUUCCUCCGGGAGCUUCCUCUGUUUCGGAGAGGGCGCCGCGGUCGGGCCGACGCCCCCUCCUCCCGCGCGCGUCGCCGCCCCGAGGGAGUCGCCGUCCGAACACGUCGGGACCGCCGUCCGGGACGAAGAAGAGCGAGACGGGGAGGAAGGAGAGCGGGCGAGGGGAGACGAACCGCGCAGAGAGGAAGAUGAGCGGGCGGGAUCGGAGGAAGGGCGAGGAGGGGAAGAGGAACGGGCGGGGGGAGAUGAAGGGCGGGGGCGGGAAGAGGAGCGGGCGGGAGAAGAGGAAGAGGAACAAGGAGAGGACGAGAAAGACGAGGAGGAGGAGGAGGAUGACGACGAAGACUUUGACGAACUCACUCAGGAUGAAGAUGAGGAGGAGGAGGAGGCGUCGUCGGCGUCCGAAGAGUCUCUCCCGGCCGUUCCGGAGCUGCCGGCGACGUCGAAACGGCCGGCUCCCGAGAGGAGGCCCGACGGCGAAUCGGAAGAAGAGCGCUCGCCCGCGUCGGAAGAAGAGGACGUAGAGGCGCCCAAAGGGGACGCCGGCGCCGUCGGGAAGGCGGCGGCAUCGGAGGACGAAGACGUCGCGAACGCUCGCGAGGAAGACGGGCUUCGGCGGCCGCCCCGGGGAGGAGCCGGACGAGGAAGAGGUCGGCGCGGCCCGGGCGACGGGGCGGCGCGGCGGCGAGCCCGUCGGGAGCGGCCCGGGAAAGGUCGCGGCCAAGCCGGUCCCGUCUACGACCGCGACGCGCUGGAGAACGACCCUAGGCGGCAAAGCAAAGAUGCCGCCUUCGCUCACGGCUAUCUCCACAGGGUUCGCGAGGCGCUGCGCGACACACCGGAGAAGUUGGAAGAGUUUAUCCACGCGCUGAACGAGCUGGAGCGGCCGGACGGACCGGAAGUCACGGGCGUCUUCAGGAAGCUGCGGCGCAUCCUGGGAAAACGCACCGAACUGGCGCGCGACUUUGCCGCCUUCCUGCAUCCCGAGCAGGCGCUGGAGUGCGGGCUGUUUGAAGAACAGCAAGCCUUCGAGCGCGGCCGCCGCUUCUUGCGCCGACUGGAGGUCACCUUCGGAGACAACCCGUCCCACUACAACAAGAUCAUCAAGGCCCUGCAGCCCGGCCCGCGCCUGGGCGCCGCCGCCGUCGCAGAGGUAACGUCCGUCGGUCGCUCCCUCUCCCCCCCGGCGCCCCUUGUCACCCGCGCUUCUCGCGCUCAGCUCCAAACGCAAAUGGCGGCCCUGCUCAAGGGACACCCUCACCUACAAGCUGAGUUUUGGGUGUUUUUCGACGAGCUCCGCCCGCCGCCGGCCCGCCCCGGACAGUUCGAGGAAGCCCGUUGGCCGGAGGAGGGCGAGGGGGCGGAGGGCCCGGGCCUCCCCGCCGGCGGUUUCGAGGAAGUCGCUUUGCCCGACGACGCCGGCGAGGCGGACGCCUCCUCCGUUCGGCGUCAAAGGAGGAAGCUGCGCUCCCGCGCCGCCGAGGGAUCCGACUGGCGGCGCCGCCCCGAAAGCCGCCCGCACCGUCGGAGGGGACGCGCCCGCUUCCGCGGCGACAAGGCCUCCGGGGGCGCGGCCGGAGUCUCGGAGAGCGCCGACCCGCUUUACGUUUGCGCGGCGCCCGACGUAUCUACGCGGCGACGGUCCGCGGACGACGACGAGACGGACUCUCCGCCUCCCAAGAGGAAACGGGACGAGGAAGUCCCUUCCGCCGAACCGCCCGUGUGUGCCAAAAACAUUUCUCUGACGCCCAGCGGAGAGAAGGUCAUCCUGUGGACCAGGGAGGCCGAUCGGGUCAUUUUGACCACGUGUCGACGGGAGGGGGCCAAUCCCGACACCUUCCAGGGCAUCUCUGCUCUGUUAGGCAACAAGACGCCCGGCGAGGUUUCUCAACGCUUUCAGGACUUGAUGCGUCUUUUCCAGAGCGCGGCCCGGCACGCCGGCUCCGAAGACGAGCCGCCUUUGGAAGAACAGCGCUGACGUUUUUUCCCCCCUCCUUAACGGCCGUACGUAAGCUGAGUCAGAAACCGGCCUCGACUUUUACGGGAAUAAAAUGGCCGGACUCGUACCGGAAAUGUUUACCGGCCUA